UUUAUUCGAUUAAAUUUUUGCGGCUUUGUUUUGACAGCGUCUCUGAAUCUAUGCAUUUUAUUUAGCCAACGAUGGCUUCAAACGGUGAGGUAUUGUACCAAAUGGAUUCGAAACCGAAGCGCAAAUCAAAUAUUAACCAUAAGCCAGCGAAAGAAAUGAAAGGAGACGAUAGUGACAGCGAUAGCAGCAAAAUGGAUACUUUUCAACAGCAGGCUUUAGAAAUACGUAAACCAGGACCAGACUUUGAUCCAACUGCCACACCAAAAGAUGGUGAUGAAUACCUCAUGCACAUGUUUUACGAACGUAAAAAAUGUCCAGUUGUGAUGGUAAGAGAGCCGAAAAACUGUGAAAAGAUUGGAACAGCAGCAGCGGUUGUAGAAAAUCCGAAGGACGAAGAAGAACCACAAAAAUCUUUUCCAUACGCCGGUAUGCAGCCCACAAAAGAUUGGAAAGAUUAUCAAUUAACUGAUUUUGAGGCCAAACGUGAGAAAAUUGUGUUUCUACGCUUGGAGUUGCACAGACAAAAAUAUGAUCAGUCUUUGGAGCCUCCGUUAAUUAGUGACCCAGUCGCUUGGCGCAAAUUCUGUCAAGAAAAUUCACCAGACUUAAAAAUUAUAUUGCGUUUCAGCCAGCGAACUUUGGAACAACUAUUAGAAUUCAUUUGCGAUUGGCUGCGGGGUGAUGAAGAAACCGAAGUUGUGGAAGAAACAAUAGAAGAUAGAACAGAUGAACCUAUACCUUCAACAUCAAAUGCGGCCUGCAAUAUUAAUUUAAACGAAACUUCAUUAGAUCUGGUUGGUGCCGACGCAUGGAUGGGUACUUGGCUAUAUGCCGCAUUGGCGUGCCUACACAUACCGAUUGAACCCGAAGUACAUAGCACCUUACGCGACAUAGCACGCAUUUGCAUACAACUGCGGGGGCGAGUACCAGAAACAGCUGUAAAAAAUGCAGUGCCUUAUAACCUAUUCAUACUCCUAAUUGCAAAGGCAUUUGGGCAAAUGGACUUUGCCGCAUUUGUUUGACGGACGAACCUAACUUUAAUAUAGCAAUAACAUAAGCAACAGUUAUAUAUGUACACAACAAAAAACUCAACAUAGAAUGCAAAAUCAACAUUUCAGUUUUCAUGUAAGCUAAAUAAAAAUUCCAUUUCUUCGA